AUGGCUAGAAUUACUGAAUUAGAACAGAUCGCAAAAGAAAAAGAUGAACUUAAAGCUAAAGUAGCAAAACUAAGACAUAAUUUUGAGAUACUUAAACAGCAAACCCAGGACACUACUAAUAUACUGGAUACUCGUUCUACUAAUGAUAUUCCUGAACAAAUAGUUAAUAUAACUGCUAAUAAUACUAUUGCCAAUACUACUACCAAUACUACUUCCAAUACUACUUCUGAUACUAAUACCGAUAUUACUGCCAAUAUAUCUACUUCCAAUAUAACUCAACUUAUUCAUGUAAAACCUAAAUCAUUGGAAGACAAGGAAAUGGACGACUUUCAUGAUUCAAUAUAUAAGGAAACAGUUA